UUUGAUGUGCGAAUUAUCUUAAAAACGGAGGAAACUGCGAAUGCAUUAAAAUCUUUGAGAAAAAAAAUUAAAAAGAAAGCUUGAUUGAAAAUAUUAAAAAAAAAAUUAUAAACGGUAAUAUCGCGUUCGUUCUUACUGUUCCGCGUCGGUUCGGUUAUUAAUAGAUAUUUUCAAAUAUCUCGCGAAAAUCUUGCUGACAAUCCCGGCUGCAUGUUGCGUAUACGCUAUGGCAAAUCGUUUGGGUGUUAAAUAGUGUAUUGUGCGGAUUAGACGUAUAAUUCAUAAGGUGCUUUGAGUGCAACUCACCACGGGCAUACAGAAGGAGAAGAAGUGAAAAAUUGAAGCGAAUUGAAGCAAAGGAUAAGUUGAGCAUAAUCGCAAUCAAGAAUACGCGAUAAAAGGAAGAAAUAAAAAUAAAGUGGUACGUAGUGAGCGAAGUACUCAAAAAAUAAUUCUGUGAAAAAACAACAACAAAAAUAACAAAAACAAAUUCUGUGAAAAAAUAAAAAAUUCUGAAUAAAAAACAAAGACUCUCAACUCCAAAAAAAAGACAACAAAAUACAAAAACUGAGAAAACUGCUAUCCAAUCACAUAAACAGAAACCGCACAAUUGCAACAGCAAAAGCAUAACAAAUCCGGCAAUCCGUAAGCGGAUGUGAAUAAAAAGUACCAGCUAUAAAGAAAAAGUAAAACCGUGCAUUUAAUCGCUUACUCAACGGUAUUGAAUUUACAGCACCAACAUUGCGCUUUCUUCAUUUGCUUACGAUAGCACUAUGUUGUGAAAAAAAAAUCGUUUACCAGUACAUAUAGUGUAGUUGGUAACUAAAUCGGUAGAUCGGAGAAUCCGCACAAAAAAAUACGUACAAAUUGUGUUAUUACGUAUACGCACUGUACGUACGCAAGCUACGACGAUUGCUUAAAAGUGUGAGUGUUUGAGUUUGUCGGCAUCCGGUCACUUAUCAGUCGCCGACGUACUAACCCGGCGGUGUACGCAUAAAUUGACAGAAAUUCUUUCCUUUGAUGUAGCUGUAAAAAGCAGAAAACUCACGCCCACCAGCACAGCAAUUCAACAAGUUUGUUUGUUCUCUUACCUUUCAUUUUAUUGCCUUGAAAUUGAAACGACGCGUAAUAAAGAAACCCGAAUUCCAAAGCGAAGUGAAAAGUGAAAUAAAAAAAGGAAGUGUACCUUAAAGCGAAUAGAUUUACAUAUAUAUGUAUAUGUACAUAUGUGCAUACUAAACAACCAUUGACCGCUGUCGCGCAUUAAACUGUAGGGACAUUUGAAAAUCAUUUCAGAAAAAGGGUAUCCACCCAAAUACUUCGUUCGUUCCAUCGCAUUGCCUUGCAGCUAAACAAAAUGUACGGAUUUGUUAAUUACGCGCUGGAGCUGCUGGUGCUGAAGAAUUUCGGCGAAGAGAUAUGGGAUCAAAUAAAAAAAAAGGCGAUGGUCAGCAUGGAAGGUCAGUUUUUAGUGCGACAAACAUAUGAUGAUGAAAUCACAUACAAUCUCAUCGGUGCUGCGGUUGAAAUAUUAAAUAUACCAGCGGAUGAUAUAUUGGAACUUUUUGGAAAAACCUUCUUUGAAUUCUGUCAAGAUUCAGGUUAUGAUAAAAUUCUGCAAGUGCUUGGUGCCACACCGCGCGAUUUUCUACAGAAUUUGGACGCACUGCAUGACCAUUUGGGCACACUGUAUCCGGGCAUGAGAGCGCCUUCUUUUCGUUGUACGGAAAAAGAUGGCUCGUUGCUGCUGCACUACUACUCAGAACGUCCUGGCUUGGAGCAUAUUGUUAUUGGUAUUGUAAAGGCUGUAGCAUCUAAAUUGCAUGGUGUUGAAGUAGAAAUUGAGAUCGUCAAACGGAAAGGUGAUCCCAUCGAUGAAGAUGACCGCACAGAUGUGUUUACACAACAACAACAACAACAACAGCAAUCAAGUAGCACAAUAACCACUGGAAAUCUGCCUGAAGAAAAUAACAAUCACAAUAGCACCAAUAAUAACGUCAGCAAUAACAAUAACAACGAAAGCGAUGUGGAUGAUGAUGACGAUGUGGCUUUGCUAUCAUCAGCAACAGAAGUUAGCAAUAAAAAGCAAGCUCGUUGUCCUUUUAGCCGCACCAAAUCUCAUUCGGCCUCUUCGAUGAGCAGCAGUAGCAAACAGGCGGACAGUUUUGAUUGCGACCCAGAUAAGCAGGAGCAGAAAUGUUUACGUUUACUCAAAAACAAAAGUGACGACAUCGAACGUUAUGAUCAUGUUCAAUUUCUGAUACGUGAAAUUGGUAACAGCAGCAGUAGUAACAAUGCAACGGUGGGUGUUGGCAAUACAACAACAACAACAACAACAACAGCAACUACAUCGUUAGCCUCGUCGACAAGCGGUGAUGAGCGUACGAUAGCCAUGUGCAAGGAGGAGGCCAAAGAGCCGCCGGAUGAAGUCGAUUUUCUGUGUGAAGCGCCACUUAUCUCGCCCGCCACAUUUUGCAAGGUGUUCCCAUUCCAUUUGAUGUUCGAUCGGCAGAUGAAAAUUGUGCAAGCAGGAAAAUCCGUUUCGCGCGUCAUUCCAAGAGUUUCGGUGGAAAAUUGUUCGAUACUAGAAGUACUUGAGGCCAUACGUCCGCAUCUACAGUUGAGCUUCGAGAAUAUUUUAUCGCACAUCAAUACGAUUUAUGUUCUUCAGACGCGUCAAGGUGCAAUGGGAAAGCAUGAACGUUAUCUGCGGUUGAAGGGUCAAAUGAUGUACAUAGCAGAAUCUGAUCGUAUAUUGUUCCAAUGCUAUCCCAGCGUAAUGAAUUUGGACGAUUUAACAAAAAAGGGUCUUUAUAUCUCAGAUGUGCCGUUGCAUGAUGCCACCAGAGAUUUGGUGCUGCUUUCGGAAAAAUUCGAAGCAGAAUACAAAUUGACGAAGAAUUUGGAAUUACUCACUGAUAAGCUGCAGCAGACCUACAGGGAUUUGGAGAGUGAAAAGCAGAAGACAGAUAGGCUUCUCUACUCGGUACUUCCGAAAUCUGUGGCCAAUGAGUUACGACAUCAACGUCCAGUGCCGCCUAAACGUUAUGAUUCGGUUACACUGAUGUUUUCUGGCAUCGUUGGCUUCGGUAAAUAUUGUGCGGAAAAUACAGAUGCAGAGGGCGCUAUGAAAAUCGUAAAAAUGCUGAAUGAAUUGUACACAGUCUUCGAUGCGUUAACAGACUCAAAGCGUAAUCCAAAUGUCUACAAGGUGGAGACUGUUGGCGACAAAUAUAUGGCCGUUUCUGGUUUGCCCGAUCACUGUGAGGAUCAUGCCAAAUGUAUUGCUCGCUUGGCGCUGGAUAUGAUGGAUAUGGCGAAGAAUGUGAAAAUGGGAUCGAAUCCAGUGCAAGUGACAAUUGGCAUACACUCGGGCGAAGUGGUGACCGGCGUUAUCGGUAAUCGCGUGCCACGUUACUGUCUCUUUGGCAAUACGGUGAAUCUGACAAGUCGCACGGAGACCACAGGAGUGCCAGGCUGCAUUAAUGUCAGCGAGGAAACUUAUCGAUUGCUAUGCCAGGAGAUUAACCAUGACGAUUCAUUCAAUCUCGAAUACCGUGGCCCAGUCGUGAUGAAGGGUAAACCGACACCGAUGGAUUGUUGGUUUCUAACACGCAACACAACGGCGGAAGCAACACGCGUUAGCAUCAGCGACUCUCCCCUGCCACCAAAUACGCCACCACCAGCAAACUUAAAAUCACCUUGCAGCAAUAGCACUCCAGCCGAUGCCUCCACAUCUGGCAUGGCCAUCGCCACUGGCACAGCUGUGUCGCCGACGGCAACGCAGUCAUUUUGCACAGCUGACGACGUCAUUGCAACAAGUCAACAAACACCUGCAGCAACAGCGCAAGCAACCACAUUCUCACCCACAUCACCAACGUCAUCCUCCUCCUCAUCGGCUGUAACAGUGGCAAGUGGUGGCGGCGUCGUUACAUCCGCCAGUGCAGAUACAAACAAUGCACUUGCUGAAAUGACAUAGGAAAUGUGCAACGACUCGUCCUGCUGCUGCUGAAAUAUACUUUAAGCAUGGGUGUGGCGUAGCGAAUGGCAGUGGGAAGUGAGUGACAAAGCUGUUAACACAUUAAGAUUUGUAAAGCGAACUUCGCAGGGAUUGAAUUGGAUUGAAUUGCUUUUGGUGUGGAUUGCUGUUGCGUUGCUGCUGGAUGUGAAGUACAAAGCAAUGGCUUUCUGCAGCACAUGAAAGG